GGCUGAAUAUUUCCGUCAUCUGCUUAAACCUGUCACGUAGAUUUAGUUUUCACUUUCGUUUUCAAGUUAAGCUGGAUUGUUUUAUUUUUUUCAUUAUUACUGAAAGAAGUAAGUGAACAGCCACUUCUACUACAGCAGAAAUCCUUUUCCGGUGAUUGUUGUGGUUAAAUGGGAGAAGAUUGGGGAUCUCUGUUUCCUCAGCAGCGAUUUAAUUGGCAAUCACCCAAUUCAAAUUACUUGGAUGCUUCACUUGCCUUUGGGCAGCAAAAUACUCUUCCUUUGCUUAUGGAUCCGAAUACUAACAUGGUCUUUACAAAUGGGAUCGGAUAUCCAUUUACUGAGCUACUGCCCUCACAGGCUAGCCAGGAAAAUGAACCUCGUGGAUGGUUUCAUGGUUUGCCUCACUUCCGACAGGCCUUAAUGCCUCCUUCAAACUCUGUUCAUAAAGAGAGAAGGCCUCGUUUAGACACUGUUCUCAAAGAGAAACUCCCAACUGCCCCUCAUGACAAUAAGGAGGACAACAUGCCUAAGGCAGUCUCUGGCUGUGAUCAGAAAAGAUUGCUUGUUUUUGACCAGUCAGGUGAUCAAACAACUUUGAUCUUUAGUUCUGGAGUUGGGACUCCUGUCCAGUGCUUGAAGUCUUGGAUACCAAAACCAACAGUUGGCUUUGAUUUGAAUAGGGAAAUUCCUGGGGCUAAAGGUCAAAAUUUUCAUUUAGGACCAAUCGCAAAUGAUGAAUUUGUUGAAGAUGAUGGGAUUGAUAUGCAUGAGGACACUGAAGAACUGAAUGCCUUACUUUACUCGGAUGAUGGUAGUGUUUGCUCUGAGGAUGAAGUCACCAGUACAGGUCAUUCACCUAGUACAAUGACAACUCAUGAUAGGCGAGAUUGGUUUGAUGGAAGCGCAGAAGAGGUUGCUAGUUCUAAUGGUUCAAACAAAAAGAGAAAGCUGUUUGAUGGAGGCUAUACAGAUGCUCCAUCACUCAAGGACACAGCUACUUCUGUAAAACCCACUAGAUGUUUUGGGCACGAGGAAGAUGUAGAAUCCAGGUGUGACAAUGGCACCAAUUCUUUGUCACAUGAAAUGGGUUCAGAAUCAGGCAACAAGAGGAUGAGAAAAGAGAAUAUUCGUGAGACAAUGAGCAUUCUCCAGAACCUCAUUCCAGGUGGAAAGGGCAAGGAUGCAAUUGUUGUUCUUGAAGAAGCAAUUCAAUACUUGAAGUCAUUGAAGUUCAAAGCGAAAGCUUUAGGACUUGAUGCUCCAUGAGUAUCAAUACUUGUUAUGCCAGUAAUGCUAGGUAGUACUACCUGGUAUUGUCCUAUUAUUAGUUAGAUAUUACUAGUGGUGUGUGCGGAAUAAGUAAGGUGAAAAAUUAUGUUGGGGUUGAUUUGAACAGGAGAACCAGUUCCUAGCGAAGGAGGUGAGUAAUAGUGAAAGGAGGAAAGAUUGGUGUCCAUGUCUUGUAGCCUGUCUCAAUUUCAAUGUUCAAUGACUCGAACUGCAAAUCAGCAAGCUUUGGAUUAUGAAAAAUUUGCUGCCGUCUAGAAAGAGGAAUGGAAUUGCAGCGUAAUAUGUCCCAAUAAAGGAAGGUGAAUCAUUAAGCUAUGUCUUAGGGUUUAGAGAGUAGCACUCACUCCUGGGCGUGGGGUGCUGGCUGUGAAUGAGAAGACUAGUUGUUCUAGAGGGACCCCCAUAAAGAGGAUGUAUGCACGCUUCUUGGGUGUGUCUUGGUUCCCAACUCAUUCUUCCCUUUUUGUAUUCUUAUCGAAGAUUUAUGUUUUGUGGGGUUAAUUCUUGUGAUGUGUAACAUUUGCACGAGUGAGGGAUCCUUCAUUUCACCUUGCAACUUCAUAUAGUGGCCCCAGCUCACCAUUUCAUGUAUCCUUCCAAGUAUUGUUGUAACUCAGGAUGUACUACUAUGGAUUGUAAUGGUAUUGUAAUUUGAAUGUGGAAGAACCUUUGUGGUGUUUGUUUGCA